AUGAGCCUUUGCUUCCUGAGCCCCCCGCCACCUCCAACCUUAGUCCAAGCUCUCGGUUACAGAUUUCUGCCUCAUUUCCCAUCCAAAAUGCUGCUUUUGUUUUUGCCUCUCUACGUGUUUUCCAGCUGCUUGUCUCGCUUUUCAUGUACAUAUAUUUGUAGACGCAUUUGCUCAUUUUAUGUAUGCACCUGCUGUCUUCCCAAACUCUUCAGGUUUUCUCCUUAUCUUCCUUGCACGUCCAGCCUUCAUCUCUCGUCCACUAACCCUCAUCGUUUCCCUCCACAGCUCCAAAUCGUAUUCGCCAACGCGGCUCAAUUAGCUUAUCCUCCAUCGCAAGUGCCCAAAAUGACUACCAAACACUCAUCCAAUCACACAUACCGACUCACACCCAUCAACUUUCUCGAUGGAACACUCUUUUGUGUAGACCAUUUUGGGGAAGAGUUCUGCCAAUCCGGCCCUUGCCUAUUUACUGAAGGCGGCCUCACUGAUGGCUUCUACUUUACUGCAUCACCACUCGACCAAACUAUCGAGGAGUCUUACCCACUGCGUCUACCCUGCGCGGUGACUCCUGACGUGGACAUUCUUUACUCAUGGGUACAGGAUGGAGUGCCGGUCAACCUCACACGGGAAGCAGGCCGUCGUGUGCUCCAAGAAGGUAGCAACCUCCAGAUUGUUCACGCCGAUCGUGACCUCGACAAAGGAGUCUACCACUGCCAGGCCUUUAAUAAAACCUCCACCUUCUCCAGUAUAAGCCGGAAUGCGAAGAUUACCGUCGCUUGUAAGUGCAAGGUUCCCUCUCUCAAAUGCCUCAUUAAUUCGAGGGAAAAAGAGUCUGCACUUUUUAUUUGA